UCUCACACCACUCACACCCACUGCAACGAAACGACAACAACAGUGACAGUGGUCCCCACAUCAUAUGGUCGCUCCCCUAAACAUUCCUAAUUGGUAUUUGGAUCUGCUUCAAUUUGUGACUGGGACUGGGACUGGCCAGAGAGCAAUUGUGCGCCAAGUGCGUGGUGUGACAAUAAUACAGACCAGAGUUGCACGAGCGGAAGCACAGUUUGUUUUGGGCUAAUCUUUGCGAAAUCGGCUUGUGGCCGGUACCGUUUCUGAUCUCGUACCCGAUUCCGUUCUCAUUCCGCACCCGGCUGCCUAUUAGAAUAGGAAUAAUAAAUUCGUUUUUAAUUGAAAUUUAUUUGUUGUGAUGGCUCUGCUAGUGGGGCCUCCGUAAUAGCCUCGCCUCUCGUCCAAGGCUGGAUUCUUUAAUUAACCGAAGCCGGAGCCCCUCUAGGCCAGGCCUCAGGGAAUUGAGCAGCCGAAUGUUAAUUGAAAGCAAUCAAUGUGCUUCUACAUUCGAAUCAAACGACAGCGAUCAACAAGACCAAACGGAAGCAGCCAGGAAGCUGGACAAGAGCACUGAGAAAGCCAGAGGAAAAGAGCCCCCACAGCGCUAGUGCAAUGGAGGACGACAUGGAUGUCGACCUUAACAAUGAGAAGAGAGUGCUCUGCGAGAAGAUCAUUCGCGAUAUAAACGCAGUCUUCCUCAAGGACGCCGAUCUGGCGUCGUUCGAGAUAAUACCGAAGGAGACGAACUGCAACAAGUCGCCAGUGGUGCAUGUGGAGCACAAUCUGGGCCUGGAGUCGUGGUGCGCCCAGCAUGUCUAUGACCACGCCCACCGUACCCUCAUAUCGCACCGCCGACAGACGUCGCAGCAGCAGCUGCGCACGCUCCAGCAGCAGCAGCAAAGCGAUGCCCUGGCUAAGUAUAUAAAUGUGGCGCUGCUCAUCAAUCCGGACGUGACCACAUUCUGGCACAUCCGCCGCCAGCUGGUGCAAAAGAACCGGCUCAGCAUAAACAAGGAGCUGCAGUUCUCGGCCCUCGUCCUCUCCGUCAAGCCAAAGUCGAACGAGGCGUUCGCCUACCGCCGCUGGCUCUACUCGUUCCAAAGCGCCGAUGCAAUUGACUGGCCCAACGAAAUCAGCAUCUGCGAGCGGUCCGCCGAUCGGUGUGCCAGCAACUAUCACGCCUGGUCCCAUCGCCACUGGGUGUUGCGGAGCGGCCCCUGCCUGCUCCAGUCGGAGCUGAUGCGAACGGAUAAGUUCCUGCGCAAGCAUAUCAGCGACUACAGCUGCUAUCAUUAUCGCCAGGUGCUGCUCGGUCGCGCCUACGAGCUCUGCUUCUUCAUGCCCAGCGAAGAGUCCCAGCCGCAGCUGUCCAGUCUCCUCGAGCUUCUAGCCGAGUACGGACUGCACUGCGAGCCGAAUACCGAGGCCCUGAUCCAACUGAUGCUGCCCAACAUGAACCGCAGCGCUGUCAGUGGCCAGCGGUUGCGCUCCUUCCUAUACUGCUGCAACGUGGCUGCCUACGACAUGCGCCUGUGCAUGGAGCAGCGGGCUCUGUACGGACCGCGCGACUGUUUUGAGCUGCACCGCCGUGCCGCGCUCAAGUUCAUCGUGGAGCAUUGCGUUCGCCUGCAAAUGGGGCUGACUGACGGCCACUGCCACCUUGCGACCGACCAUGCGACGGCGGCCAACGAGUCACAGCUGCAGUCACAACUGGACAAGUUUGACUAUGGAACGCAUCCCUUCCUGGAGGCGGUGCGGCAGGCCGAGUCGGCGCUGGGCGGCAAGCAUCAGCGCUGGUGUAACCUGCAUCUCAACUUUGGCUACCCGGUAGCGGAGGCUCCUCGGCGGGACUAGGACUAGCCCAUAAGGGCCCC